AUGUCUCAAUAUAAAUGGGAAUUGGGAACUUUUUUUAACUCAAAAAAUGAUUUUAAAGAAGCUAUUAGAACCUAUUCUGUUCAAACUGGUAGAGCUCUUAAGUUUGUAAAAAAUGACAAGCUGAGAGUGAAGGUUGAAUGUAAAGAAGGCUGCAAAUGGGAGGCUUAUUGUGGGAAGUUGCCUAAUGAGGAGACUUGGCAAAUUAGAAAACUUGUUGAUACACACACUUGUUCUAGAGAAUUCAAUGUACCACUGAUGUCUACUAAAUGGCUUAGCACAAGGUUACAAAAUUCAUUGAAAUCUAAUCCUAAGUUGAAAGUUAAAGACAUUAAGGAAAAGGCUAUAAAGAAAUGGAAUGUGGGGGUUUGUAAGACAAAGGCAAUUAGGGCCAGAAGUUUAGCUAGGGAUAUGGUUGAUGGUUCAUUUAUAGGAGAUUACACAAGGUUAUAUGAUUACUGUCAUGAGAUACUAAGGACAAAUCCUGGUUCUACUGUCAAGCUAAGUGUCACACCAGUUCAAGAGGGUGCUGAAGAUACAAGGCCUUUUUUCAAGAGGUUAUAUGUAUGCUAUGCUGCUUAUAAGCAAAGUUUCAAGCUGUGUAGGCCUAUUAUUGGUCUUGAUGGCUGCUUUCUAAAAGGAUUAUGUGGAGGUCAGAUCUUAGCAGCUAUUGGGACUGAUCCAAAUGAUCAGAUGUUACCUAUUGCAUUUGCUGUUGUAGAAGGGGAAACAAAGGACAGUUGGUUAUGUUUCUUGCAACUACUCAUUGAUGACCUAGGUGGCAGAGAAGAUGUAGAACCUACACAUUCAUUUCUGACCAGCAAAAGGGUCUACUUCCUGCCAUGGAUUCCAAAUGUGGAACAAAGGUUCUGUGUUAGGCACUUAUGCAAUAACUUUAGAAAAAAGUUCCCAGGAAAAAUGUUGAAGGAGAUAAUCUGGAGAGCAGCUAGGGCAACUUACCCACAAGCAUGGGAAAAGGAGAUGAGAGGUAUGAGGCAGAUAAAUGAAGAGGCAUACAAGCAUAUGAUGCAGACUCCACCUAGAUUUUGGAGUAAGUCUUAUUUUAGGACUACUUCAAAGUCUGAUACUGUGUUGAACAAUAUGUCUGAAACCUUCAACAGUGUCAUUGUGGAAUCUAGAGGUAAGCCAAUUGUGACAAUGCUAGAAGAAAUUAGGGGCUACAUAAUGGAGAAAUGGGCAACAAAUAAGGUGAAAUUCCCUAACUUAAGUGAUGAAGAUGUAUUGCCAAACAUAAAGAAAAAAGUGGAGAGAACAAGUUCCUAUACAAAUUCAUGGAUUGUUAGGAUGUCAGCUGAAUACAUUUAUGAGGUUAGGAACAUUGAGAACCCAGGUGACAUUUUUUCUGUCAACCUAAAGGAAUACAACUGCAUGUGUAGAAAGUGGCAACUAACAGGGCUUCCUUGUGUGCAUGCUAUUGCUGCAUUGAAGAGCAGAGGUUUACAUAUUGAAGACUUCAUUUCUGACAUUUAUAAAAAGGCUAGGUAUAUGUCUGUUUAUGAGCCUAUAAUUUAUCCAGUAAAUGGAACAAAUUUAUGGGUCAGAACAGAGUUCCCAGAUGUCCAGCCACCAAAGUACAAGAAAAUGCCUGGAAGGCCUAAGAAGAGGAGGAAUCGUGAGGCUGGUGAAAUUGAUGGGACAUAUAGGAAAAUGAGGAAGACAAGUAUGAUAAUGAGGUGCACAAGGUGUAGGCAAAUUGGGCACAACAAAUCCACCUGCAAGAUGACUCAACCACCACAAACAUCACAACCAACACAAGGGUCUCAACCAAGACAAGCUUCAAGGACACAAGGAUCACAACCAACACAAGGGUCUCAACCAAGACAAGCUUCAAGGACACAAGGAUCUCAAUCAAGACAAACUUCAAUGACACAAGGAUCUCAACUAAUCCAAGCUUCAAGGGCACCACCUACACUAGGGACUCAUAAAAAGAUGCCAACAGCUAGGCCACACAAGAUACCAUUUAGGAAACCAGCACAUGUGGGUCCAACAACAAGGCUUAGUGCAUCUCAAAAUGUAGUUGGUCCUACCACUAGGAGGACCACUCCUACAAAAAGAAACAAUACUAAGAAGGGCAUUUAG